AGAACAUUCGUAAAAACGACUAUUCAUUGGCCAAACCAAAAUACAAAACUUCCAAUCAAAACAUUUAUUUAUUUAUUUAUUUAUAUAUAUAUAUAACUUUGAUGGCUUCUCACGUUGCCCAGAGGAAAGUGAAAAGAAGGCGUAAUGGAUCUGAUUCGAUAGAAGAGAUUUUAUUACGAUGGAGAAAUUUGAAUCAGGAAGUUAAUUCGAACAAUGAACAAGUGAAGAAGAAGAGAAAAUCUCCGGGUAAUGGUUCAAACAAAGGUUGUAUGCCAGGCAAAGGCGGUCCUGAGAAUUCGGGUUGUAAAUACAGAGGAGUGAGACAGAGGACUUGGGGUAAAUGGGUGGCUGAAAUUCGCGAGCCUGUUUAUAUUAGUGGUCAGUAUAAGAGCAAAGGAAAGCGACUUUGGCUUGGUACUUAUUCGACUGCUGGUGACGCUGCUGUUGCUUAUGAUGAAGCUGCUAAGGUUAUGUAUGGAUCCAAUGCCAUACUUAAUUUCCCAAAUUCUUGUGAUUCGUCGAGUAAUGGUAACAUUACUAGAACAUCGAGUGGUCAAUCGUCUAUUGAUCAUGAAGAGUUAGUGGUUGAUGAUGAGAAGAAAACUGAAAUUGAGUCGGAUUUGAAAGAUGAUGAUGGUGAUGGUGGUGUUGUUGUAAAUAUGGAUUUAAGUUAUGAUUAUGCUAAUCAUGGGUCACCUGCUUGUUCCUGGACUGAAGAGGAAUUAGAAGUUAUCACGGAGGAGAAUUCCGAGAUGGAAUUAACCAAUUUGGAGUGUGAUUCGAGGUUUUUCCCUAAAUCUCAAAAAUCUUGUGUUGAAGUUGAGAGACCUAUAAUGGAAGAAGAAAUUGAUGAGGAUGAACUUGUACAUAACAAUGUCUCAAACACAAUAGACGUGGAGCCAACCGUCAUGUUUAGCAAAGAUGACUUCUCGAGGCUUGAUGAAAUUUGUAAUUCUAAUGAUCAAAUUGUGCUACAAGACAUGGAUUUCAGGUCUUGUGAAAACCUGAACGAAGAUGUUAGUACGCGUCUAGAAUACAUGGAGCAUUUUCUAAUGGAUGACAAUUGUUCGAUGGAAGCGGCAAAUAUAUCAGACAUCAUUUGUUUGACAGAGAACCAUGAUGAAGCUUUCGAUUUUCAGAGGUUUUUAGAAGAAUCAUUUGAUUUCAAGCCAAUGGCUGAGCUAAACUAUGCGAAGAAUGAGGAGCAAUUUGAUUGUACAUAUGCAUACAACCAGCAAAUUGACCUCCAGAAUUCAGACACAAAUUCCGAGAUUCGAUCAGAUGGAAUUCGGAAGGAGAAAAACUUGCAUGGUUUCAGAUUAGAUGACUUUGGAGCAAGCAAUAGUUGGCAACCAGAGGAAAAUAUCGAAGAUUUGUCUAUGUGCAGCUUUGAUUUUGAUAUAUCAUCCUAUAUUAAUGAUAUUAAUUAGGAAAAUAUAAUGUUUCAAUUCAUUAUCCUUAUGAUACUUUUGUAAUUGUAGUCUGCUAGAACAUAGAAUAGAAAGUUUAUAAAGGUAUUGGUAUCAACUCUAAAAA